GGCCCCCAAGAGCAGCAGCAGCAGCAGCAGCAGCAGGGAGAGCAGCAGCAGCAGCAGAAGACGCUGCAGCAGCAGAGGCAGUAGCAGCAGCAGUAGACGCUGCGGCAGCAGCAGCAGCAGUAGCAGCAGCAGAAGCAACAGGCAACAGCAGCAGCACAAGCACGCGCACACGCACAGCCACACAGCAGCAGCAGCAGCAGCAGCAGCAGCAGCAGCAGCAGCAGCAGCAGCAGCAGCAGCAGCGGCUCAAAGACGCCAUUGACCUUCUGCGCAGCAGCGCAAGGGGGCCCCCAACCUCUCCAGAGGUGCUUUUUGAUUUCAUAGAUGUGGGGCCCCACAGCCCCCUUGGGGGCCCCCCAGGGGGCCCCCAGGGGGCCCCCCUGGGGGGCCCCCCGGGGGGCCCCCAAGGGGGCCCCCUGGGGGGCCCCCAAGACCUGCAGCUGCGGCCUGACGACGCGUGGCUGCAGGGCCUCGCUGUACCCUAUACUGCUUGUCUCUGUGGGGGCCCCCCAGUGUCUGCUGCUGCUGCUGCUGCUCCUGCUGCAGCAGCAGCAGCAGGUGCUGCUGCUGCUGCUGCUGCUGCUGGUGGAAGAUUUGAAAUGAAGCUGGCCACUGGGGCCUCAAUUCGCAUCGUGGGAGAGAGCAGCAGACAGGGGGGCCCCCUGGCAGCAGCAGCAGCAGCAGCAGCAACAGCAGCAGCAGCAGCAGCAACAGCAGCAGCAGCAAUUCAGGUCCUCUGUGUUUUAUGCUGCUCUUGUCCGCAGAGAACCCAGGCUGCCUAA